AUGGAGAGCCACCUUUCAUCCCAAGUGUUGUCAGAGACCAGCCGUCUUUGGCAAAGACUCGAGGAGCGCUUGUCCUCGAAGCCAGCCCCUACGAGCGACGCUGCAGAACAGGCGGUCCGGGUGCAUGGCCCGGACACUGGGCUUCGCCGAAGCCUUCAGUCCCUGGAGGAGCGCUUCAGCGCGGCACAAGCACGGCAGACGCGCAGCGAGAUGACCGCGCAGCAAGCCUUGGCGCAGGCAAGACAGCUGGAGGCGAUUCUCACGGAGUUCAAUGUGGAGGAUCAUGCAUCCUUCCAGACCUUGUCACGACAAGUUCGGCAAAUCUCGAAGACAUUGGCAGACGCUUCCAGAAGUGUGUCUUCCGAGACUUUCGCAGCUUUUCAGACCAACUUCUUUGCCUUGGAGCGUGAGGUACACUGGGACCUUGCCGUGCGCCUUGCAAGCUUGGAGGAGACUGCUGCCAACGCCAGCUCAAAAGGAGGUGCUUCCAAGGAGGUGCGCCUGCCAGAGCCGCUGCGAGGACCUGCCGACGUUUGCCUCGUCGGCGCCGAUGAGGGUCUGCAUUUCGCAGAUGGGACUGUGGAGAAGAGCCGCGCAAUGCGAGAAGGCGUUCCUGCAGUCCACCAAGCCAGCCCACCUACACCAAGGAGCGGCCCACCGUCGCCGGCCAGUCGGACCAGCCGUGAGGGCCCACGAGUCGCCUUUGAUCGCCUUGGGGGGGCCAGAUGA